AUGAUGUCCAUGAACAGCAAACAGCCGUUCAGCGUGCACCCCAUCCUGCACGAGCCCAAGUACACGCCUCUGCACACGAGCUCCGAGGCCAUACGACGCGCGUGCCUACCCACGCCCUCGCUCCAGGGGAACAUCUUCGCGGGCUUUGAUGAGUCUCUGCUCCAGCGCGCGGAGGCCCUCGCGGCCGUGGACAUCGUGGCGCAGAAGAGUCACCCGUUCAAACCGGACGCCACGUACCACACCAUGACCACGAUGACGAGCAUGACGUGCACGCCCACGUCCUCGUCCGGUCACCUGCACCACCCGUCCGUGCUGACGUCACACCACCACGCGCACCACCAGCCCUCGCAGGGCCUCGAGGGCGACCUCCUCGAGCACCUGACCCCGGGCCUCGCGCUCGGAGCCAUGGCCGGUCCCGACGUCUGCUCCGCGGCCACGCACGGCGCGCACGCGCACGCGCACAUGUCCGCCAUCAACCACAUGCCUCACCAUCACCACGGCCAGUCCGUCAACAUGCACGCGCACGGUCUGGCCUCGCACGGCGCGCUCGGGUCCGGGGCCGUGGAGGCGGAGCCGGACCCGCGGGAGCUCGAGUCAUUUGCGGAGCGCUUCAAACAGCGGCGCAUCAAACUGGGAGUGACGCAGGCGGACGUGGGCGCGGCGCUCGCGAACCUGAAGAUCCCGGGCGUGGGCUGCCUCAGCCAGAGCACCAUCUGCCGCUUCGAGUCCCUCACCCUGUCCCACAACAACAUGGUGGCGCUGAAGCCCAUCCUGGAGGCCUGGCUCGAGGAGGCGGAGCGCGCGCAGCGGGAGAAAAUGGCCAAACCGGAGAUUUUCAGCGGCGCGGACAAAAAGAGGAAGCGCACGAGCAUCGCGGCCCCGGAGAAGCGCUCCCUGGAGGCGUACUUCGCGGUGCAGCCGCGGCCCUCCUCAGAGAAGAUCGCGGCGAUCGCGGAGAAACUGGACCUGAAGAAAAACGUGGUGCGCGUGUGGUUCUGUAACCAGCGGCAGAAACAGAAGAGGAUGAAGUUUUCCGCAACGCACUGA